CCCACCCCUCCUCCACGCGGUGAAGUACAAGGUGGAGAGCACCGGGUCUGGAGGUUUGGGCAAGCCGACUGUGGCGACCCCCGACUCUGCUGACUCUGGGUGGGUUUCCUGUUGAGAUGCCGAAGGUCAAGUCGGGGGCGAGCGUCCGUCGUCGGAAGAGGCAGGACCAGAGCCGGGAGCUCAAGAGCGCAGGAGGACUCACUUUCAACACGGGGAUUGGGCAGCACAUUUUGAAAAAUCCUCUCAUUGUUAACAGUAUUAUCGAUAAGGCUGCCUUAAGACCCACCGAUGUGGUGCUGGAAGUUGGACCUGGAACUGGUAACAUGACUGUAAAGUUACUAGAAAAGGCAAAAAAGGUAGUUGCCUGCGAACUUGACCCAAGACUGGUAGCCGAACUUCACAAAAGAGUACAGGGCACGCCCCUGGCCAACAAACUUCAGGUGAUGGUGGGGGAUGUGCUGAAAACAGAUUUGCCAUUUUUUGACGCUUGUGUGGCAAACUUGCCUUAUCAGAUAUCAUCUCCUUUUGUCUUCAAGCUGCUGCUGCACCGACCUUUCUUCAGAUGUGCUAUACUUAUGUUUCAAAGAGAAUUUGCUCUCAGAUUAGUUGCCAAGCCUGGGGAUAAAUUAUACUGCAGACUCUCAAUUAAUACACAGCUUUUAGCUCGUGUGGACCAUCUAAUGAAAGUGGGAAAGAAUAACUUCAGACCACCACCUAAAGUCGAAUCCAGUGUUGUAAGAAUAGAACCUAAGAAUCCACCACCGCCCAUCAAUUUUCAGGAAUGGGAUGGCCUAGUAAGGAUUACUUUUGUUAGGAAAAACAAGACACUGUCUGCAGCAUUUAAGUCAAAUGCAGUACAACAGCUACUGGAAAAGAACUACAGAAUUCACUGUUCCAUCCAUAAUAUUAUAAUACCAGAAGAUUUCAGCAUAGCAGAUAAAAUACAGCAAAUCCUAACCAGCACAGGUUUUAGUGACAAACGGGCCCGUUCCAUGGACAUAGAUGACUUUAUCAGAUUGCUACAUGGGUUCAAUGCAGAAGGUAUCCACUUUGCGUAGUGAUAGUAUUUGGGAAACAGAAUUUUUAAAAUCAAGAAAAUUUUAUUUUUCUGACUGAAAAGAUGAACUGUGUUUUUAUUCCACUGAGAUAUUACUUACUUGACUAUUUCUGAUUUAAUACUACUUUUGUAAGAUAUAUUACUCUGUAUUUUUAAAAAUGGUCAGUUCUAGUUAUCUGGGAUGUUUUGGUGUUGGUUUGUCUCAAAUAGGACACGGUGUAAUCUAUACAUAAUAUUCAACUUUCGUAGCCGCAGACACGCACAACCUUGCACUCAAACUUACCAUUUCAGACAGUUUAUACAGAACAUGUUACUCUCCUGUGUACUGUGUUAUGGGCUAAUAUUGAGGUUUUCACCUUGUCCCUUAAGUUAAAGUAUGUUCAUCUACUCACUUGUUUACCAUGCCAUUUCUUACUUACAUGCACAAUAAAACAAAUGUUUCUUACCAUCAUAUUUUGCUUCUCUCGCUCUUUGCCCUGUCCAUCCUCCAGUCUCUCGCUUACUGCCUGCCUCUCCAGCUGUGCUGCUGCAGCGUAGACUGUGGGCGCGUAAGCCAGAGUCCUCUGCCACAGUGCAGGGCCAGCCACAUUCUGGAUGUUGACCCCUUACUUAGAAAGUGAAGGUCAACUAGGACAAAAUCAACUAUAAAACUGUAUCAUCUUUCUUGGUAAGAUAAUCCUAGACUUAGCAAAAAAAAAAAAAAAAAAAAAAAAGAUAUCCCCCACAACUAAAAGUUUCUGGGGUCACAUAUACCUGAUGCUUUUAGCUAUUUGAAAAUUUCUAUAGCUGUCAUACAAGUUUUAUUAGCUACUAUGUUUAAAUCAAUACUGAAUGCUAUUAAUGCAUUUUAAUGAAGUUACAGUAGCUAAUUCAUUUACAUAAAAUAAAAAUACUUCCACUGAUAUUUGGACUUCAUUACACCUAAAAUUUAAUCAAAGGAAUGGUUUUCAUUAGCAAAGCAAAAAUGCUUUGAAUGAGGAAGACAAGAGCUUAAACGGAUUACUUUUUUAGAUUUGGCUUCAAAAUCAUACCGUAAGUGUUACUGCUAUAUCACUGACAUGUACAAUUUUUAUGACAAUUAGAGAUAACAGCUUUCAGGUCUGAAGAAUAAAAAGCUGAGGUUAUUUAGCUGAACUAAACCAUUUUGUUACCUGAAUAUUAAAACUACUUGAGAGUUGGAUUUGUAAAACCUCAAAAUGACUUAACUUUGCAAAGUUCACUUGUAUCAUCAAC